UGCUGGAAAGAGGGCAGGAGCAGGUCCGCGGUGUGCAGCGUGUGGUUAGUUCGUAGAGAGACUCCUGUAGAUUCCUGCUGUAAAGUCGCAGUUAAAUAUUCUGUCACUUCGUGGCGAAUAAUGUAUCGACGCCCUUUGCAGUAUGGCUUCAGACAAUUAUUAAGUUCGUCUCAUUGCAGCAGAACGGUUUUCGUGAAGGCCGCUGAGCGAGAUCUUGCCAAAGCUUUGUUGUCAUGUCAUUGCACAGGAACGGUACUGCAACCUCGGACACAAUGUCGAGCUCUUCACAGCACACCAGAGCACUGUGCUAUAAAACAUACACCUCAGGCUUCAGAGGAAGAAGUUGGAGCUUUCACCAAAUUUAUUGAGGCCAUGGGCUUUACAGGACCACUCAAAUACAACAAAUGGAAAAUCAAAAUAGCUGCCUUGCGUAUGUAUACUUGCUGCGUUGAGAGAAUCAACUACGAUGAGUUUUUUGAAAAGUGCUCCCUCCCUGACACGCUCAAUUCCUGGUUUUUGGUGGCACAGCUCCAUGUUUGGAUGUGUUUGGUGCGGAUGAGACAGGAAGGCAGAGAAGGAAAGUAUAUGUGUCGCUACGUUGUCCAUUCUAUGUGGGAAGAUGUAGAACAGAGAAGCAAGAUUAUGGGGAUUGAUGCUGUUCAGAGGAAGGAGAGUUUGAGGGUUAUGACCGAAACAUUUUAUGCUGCUAUUUUUGGAUACGACGAGGGAAUCCUAUCAGAUGACUGUGUUCUUGCAGCAGCACUUUGGAGGAAUCUGUUUAACAGACAGUGUGAGGACCCAAGACAGCUCGAGCUAAUGGUCGAAUAUGUCCGCAAGCAGAUGCAGUUUAUUGAUGCUCUGGAUGGGGAUGAUCUUCUCCUAACAGGAGAGGUGAAAUGGCGUCCUCUGGUGGAAGAGAAUGCACAGAGCAUCCUGAAGAUGUCCCACCCAACGUAUAAUGAUGCAGGCCUGUAAAGAGCAGUACUUUGUCAUUCUACAGUACCCAGAACAUCGUGGUUUGGAUACUUGAUUUGAAUACCCUGAAACUGCCAGUCUGCUUGGUCUCUGUCUGUCUGCCUGCCUGUCUUUUUUCUAUCUCAGUUUGUCCGUCUCCCUCUCUCAUUAAACCAGUGUACUGUAUUAGGAGUGCAUGGACCUUUUAACAUAAAAAAUUUAGGAAAAUGGAAGAUUUAACAGUUGCCUUUUAUUUACACAUUUGAAAAGCAACUAUUAUAUUUAUACUCCUUGCAAUGGCUGUAGCUCUUUCAGUAUUUCUUUUUUUUUUAUGUUUGAGGACUGUGUAUGCUUACUUGUUUGCCAGGAUUAUCAGGCUGACUGGAGAAAGAAGCUAUUUGUGUAAUCAUUAUAGAAUAAAGAUGUUGCUUUGGUAUUAAACAAAAGUGGCAGUCAG